AUGUAUACUAACUCUGCUAUCAGACCUCUCAUCGACAUCACAAAACGAGCAAGGGAAACGAAAAACAUACUGUUUUAUGAGAGGGAUAAAGUUCAAGAAAUAUGUGAAGAGAUAAAAGUUUUGAAACAAGCAACUGAGGAAAUUAACGAUACUGAGUCGACCUCUGAAGAAGUUCACUCGCCUGGAAAGUUAUGUGUUUAUAAUUCUAUGAAGGAAAAAGAAUUGAACGCGAUUCAAUUAUAUCAUUUUCAAAGGAUUCGAAAGAAUAAAGAAGCUGCGUGUAGAAAAACGAGUUUGCCUCAAAAUGAAUUCAAUAGAUUAACUAAAUGGGAACAAACAUUUUAUAAAAAAUAUGAACAACUUGUUGAUAAUUACAAAAGUAAUUGUCCAAAGUCUCUUUACUUUAACGAUGAAUUACAUGUACCAAAAGAACCUCAUGUGGUGGUUCGAGUGAUGGAAAAUCUUGAGGGAGUGAUGACUAAGAAUGGCAUUGUCGAAUUCCUUAAGGGAAGUCAGGCCGUGGUUAGAGAAGCUGAUUCCGCAAUUGCAAAAUUGAUAAAUUCGGGAUAUCUCAAAAAAAUUAACAAGUAA